AUUAUCGAGUUUACAUCAAACACCAUUCGUUCACUUCAAAAUUGCAACAUAACAAAACUCCCCCUUUCUCUCUCUAAAAAUUUCCAGAUUCCAAUCGCAUUGUUGUUCCUCCGCCCCCUCUGCACAUCGCCGUCGAUUUCUCCUCCGAUCAGAUUCAACAAAUUCGUCACCAACGGUCCAGAUUCACCACUUCAUAUUCCACCAAUUAGGGUUUCCAUUUCUAAACUGACGAACACGGAAACACUUAUUAUGCCGAGAAGUUCGAGAAGCAAAUCGCACAAGCAAAGCAAGCAUAGUUCGAAGGAAGCGAGAGAGUAUUCCGGUUCCGAUGAGGAUGUUAGAACGAAGGAUAAUAAGAGUAGUAAUGGCGGUAAGGAUUGUUCAGUUUCUGGAGAACGUGUGAAGCACGUUAAGGAUCUGGUUAAUGGUGGAAGUAGUGAUAGGUGGAAUGGAGGGAGUAGUGAUGAUAAAGGAUUAGCUGUAAGUAUAGAGAAUAAGGAUAAGGAGGUAAUUAAGUCGAAGGAUUUAUCGAAAGUUGUCGGUGAAUUGAAGAGCAAGAGUAGUAGGAGACACGAUUCGGAUAGCGGGAGUGCGAGUUUAGCGGUAUCGGAGAAGGAUAGUAGAGGGGAGAAGAGGAAGUCUGAGAAAGAGUCUGUGAGGAAAGAGAGUGGUUUGUAUAAGGAGCAUAAGGAAUCGAAGGAGAAGGAGAAGGAGCGCGGUUCGGAUAGGGGAAGGAAAGGUCACUCUGAUAAGGUCGGCGUUGAGGCGUCGGCGAAAGGUGAGAAUCAAUCGGGCAAAAGAGGAAAGGAAGUUACUGAAUGGCCAAUAGAAGAAGAGCUAAGAAACCCCGAGUUAGAAAAAGAGCUCGAGAAGAGGAUGAGAAGAAGAGGAGAAGCCUCUAGUGACAAAGAUAAAUACCAAGAUAGCAUAAAAGAAACUGAAGAUAGACGUUUGUCUUCAAAAAACGAUCGUACUAAAGAUGAACGGCAUAAAAAUGAAGAAUAUGGAGACAUUAGAGAACCCCGCCAAAAGGACGAAAAACACCGUGAAGAUGGUGAACGUGAUAGGAAAAAUCGGGACGUUAAACACCGAGGUGAAAGUGAAAGAUAUAACAAACAUAGGGAUGAUAAAUAUGAUAAGUAUGACAAAUACCGUGAAGAUAAGUAUAGUGAAGAUGGUAAUAAAGAAACCAAAUAUAAAGAUGAUAAAUAUAUUGAGAUCGGUGAUAAAGAUGAAAGAAGCAGGGACCGGAAACGCAGGCAAGAUGAUGAUAGAGACUAUAGACAGAAGGAAGAGAAGAGAACACAUGAUUCCAAGUAUCGGGAUGCACCCGAAGCCAAACGUUUGAGGGAUGAUAACGCGGGUACCGAUUCACGUCAUACAAAGACAAGUAAUCGAGAUGGAAGCCCAGUUUAUGAUGAUCGUGUAGCUAGAUAUAAAGAUGAUAAAGAUAGGAGAAGAGGUAAUGAGAAAGAUGAAUCUAGUGAUUAUAGAUCCCGUAGUAGUAUGAAAGAACAACGAUCUGAGUUAGAAAAGAGAUCAAGUGCUAAAGAUGACUCAGUUUCUGAACGAGGAAGACUCAGUUCUCGUUACGCUGACGUGGAAAUUAACACUAGUCAUAGUCGCCGUAGGAGUUCCCCUAGUGGGAGCUCUUAUCCAACAAGAGAUCAUCACCGGGUUACGAAGCAAGACGAAACCAAGUACCCGGAUCAUGCUUAUGAAGAUCGAGGUCGAUAUAACGCUCACUCGAGCAGAGAUUACAAUUCUGCCCCUGGGCAAUCAGAUAAGAAAGUGACCUCGAAGGAUGAUAGUUACACGGGUGGUGAUUUACCGGCUGAAAAACGAAUGAGGCCUGAAUCACGUUCUUCCCCACAAGUCGAUAAAUCUCCGUCAUCAAGUAUCGAACGCAGGAGUUUGAUAAAAUCUGACGCUAGAAAAAAUCUCGAUCUUGAAGAAUCGGUCCCGGGCUCUCGUAGUGGCGGCGCUAAAGAUGGUUAUAAGGAUGGUAAAGGAAGCCGAGAGUUGGUGAACGACGCACACAUAAAUAACGAAUUAUCACAAGUUGAUAACGAUAAUUUAUCGGUUUCGUCACCGUACUCAAGAAAUUCUCAUUUUUCUGAAGAUGAGAGAAGUAAGUCAAACAAUCGGCACCGGAGGAUGGGUGACCCGAACAUGAAUAGAGGUCAAAGUCAAUAUCAAGGUCAAGGUCAAAGUCAAGGUAAUUGGAAAAACGUCCCUAAUUGGCCUCCCCCGAUGGCAACCGGUGGUUACAUUCCGUUCCAGCAUGUUCCACCGCCUAUGUUUCAUCCACUUAUGCAGCAAUUCCCACCACCAAUAUUCGGUAGACCGCCAAUGAAACUUAACCCUGGUUUACCUUAUCACGUUCCUGACCAUGGUAGACCACUCGGUUGGCGGAAUCAAGUGGACGAAUCAGUCCCACCUCCUUUGCACGUAUUUGGUGAUGAAUCUCACUUAUACGGUAGGGUCGAUUGGGACCGUAGAUCUCAAUUGAAUAAUCAAGAGUGGGACCAAAAUGCUGGAUCAAGCAUGGAGGGGCAAUUGGGUCAACAGAAAGACGAGUAUUCGGGUCAAAGACCAAAUGAUGAAUAUGGGCCGACAGAUCAGCUUGACGAGAGUGGGCAAAACCAACUCCAUAUCCAGCCCGAGAUCUUGAAUCUUGAUAAAAACGGUCAUGAAGCUCAGAAGCCAGGUGGCAGUCCGAAAAUCGCUGAGGUUGUUAAGGAGGAUAAUAGUUCUAUUAUCACUCAAGCUUAUCUUUCUAGGGUUGAUGUAUCCAAAGAUCUUACUCAACCCGAGCUGUAUGACCAGUGCAUUAGCAUGAUGGACUUGGAUCAGGAAGAUUUUUCUCAACCUGUUGACUUUGACUGCAAGAUUUUGUAUUUCGAGGAGAGUGUAGAAGCCAAUGUUACCGACAGUGCUUCACUAUUUUCUGCCGUAAAUGAUUCUAUUUUUCAGAAAGCGAUGUUUCUGUACAAGAAGCAAAAAGAAGAGUUUCGUCCGGUGAAUAAAGAAAAUGUUAUUCAUAAAGAGAAAGGUGGUUCAGACGAUGAUGCCAAACCAGCAGAUGAGGUGGCAGCUGCUGAGGACACAUCUAUGGAAGUAAAUAAAGAAAAUGAUGAACAACCGAAUAAACCUGAGGAAGCGACGGGUAUGGAGGUGGAUCAUGCUGUUGUAAUAAAGCAAGAGGAGGUGCCCGAGUCAACAGUGGCUGAAGUGAAAGAGAGUCUUGCAGCAUCAUCCUGUAAGGUUGAAGAUGCAACCGAUGAUGAGAAGAAUGGUGAUUCAGUGGUGUUAUCUGAUGAUGUGUCAAGUGCUGAGGUGGCAGUGAUGCCAACUGAGUCAAUUGAAUUUGGGUCAGUAAAUCUAAAUCGGAUACAUCACCAUUCUCCUGAAAGUACACAUUGAGACAAUUCUUUUAUAUUUGUGCUUUUGAAAAGCCGUCCCUUCCCCAUGGUCUCUAUUUUUCUAGCUUAUUAUCCUUGCUCAUCGAUUAAUAAAACUUCUUCCCUUCUGUUA